UACUGAUGUUACUUGGACUGACAGCUGCAUCCUUUUGUAGGACUGUCACUGGUUUGAUCCUUACGGUCGGAGUCAUAUCAGGUUUAGGUUGUGGUCUGGCUGCUAACGUCAGUGGCGUGGCCCCCAGCAACUACUUCAAUAAGAGACUCCCAGUAGCAUACGGUAUCUGCAUGUCUGGAGGUGCAGUAGGACUGCUGGUAAUCGGACCAUUAACAGUUCAGCUGUUGGAGAUGUACAAUUUAUCAGGCGCGUUGCUUAUUUUGGGUGGCAUUACAUUCAAUGUGUGCUUAGCUGGAGCUCUAAUUCGACCACCGUCUACACUGAUGCAAGAGGAGUCACUGUCAAUAGAUCUUGCCCACCAAGACGACACAGGGGAGAUUUGUGAUGCACAGGGAGACCCUACAAUGACGAUGCAAUCGCAACAUAAUGUUCUAACUGUGGAAAAUACGACCAUCAAGUUUGAUCAGCGUGACGAGAACCAUUGUUCUCCAGCUAAUUUGCCUCGGAUUGUUAAAGAAAACAGUCCUGGGAAAGGUCUUAUUUAUGAAAGUACUGGAGUGUAUGUCCUUACGUUUCUUUUCUCAGGUGCCUGCUUCAUCAUUAGUGCCUUCCUCGCCUUGUGUAUUCCGUUGACCAAGAAGCUAAGAUAAAUCGAUAUUUAAAUCUUAACUUUGUAUAAAUAAAAAUAGACUAAGUAUUUUUUAUCCCCCGCAACGAAGUUGGAGGGGGAUAUUGGAGUGACCUCCGUCCGUCCGAGAUAAUGGGGACAUAUCGUCUCAAAAACUGUUAUAGACAGGGAAACAAAAUUUGGUAUGUGCUUUCAGGACAUGAUGGAGAUCGAAAACCGAAACCGUGUUACAAUUUUGUUACAGAGUUAUUGCCCUUGUCGUGCGUUUGUUGACUUAGUGCAUUGUAUCCCCAAUGGGAACAGAUUUUCUCAGAAAGCGUUAUAGAUUGGGAAACCUAAUUUGGUAUGUAUUUUCAGGACAUGAAUGUCUUGGUGGAGUUAACAAAGGUACCCAAUAGGAACAGAACACUGUGGUAGGGAUAUUGAUGACUAUGUCUUCUUGUUGUAACUGUUUUGAUGAUCAAACGAUUGUUAUCAAAUUACAAUGCAUGAUUAAACACGUUUUACACAACUA